ACAGGUAAAGUAGCAACAAAACGAAAAACGAGGGGACUUUCGAAAUCAGCGUCAGGUUUUUACAACGUCAAAUCUUGUGACACGCUCAUAGCUUGUAAAAGACAAUCAUGAAGCUGCAAAUACCUGCAGUAAUGCGGUCUCGUGCCGCUGAAAUGACGUCACAAUUUUGGUUAGUAAUGUCUCAUAUCUGGGAUACGAUGAGUGAUGGGCGUGUCGUCGGCAGAGCUUUCUUCUGGUAUAUCUGGAUCAUGGUUGUCAUGGCAACCGUUUCAACGCUGGCCCUCUGGGCAUCGCUGGAUGCCAGUUAUGGGCAUCCUGGUGUAGUACAUCGCUAUGCAAGAGAAGCCGAAGAAGGAUCGGGGUUGGUGGAUAGUCUGAGAAGGUUAUCUUAUCAGAUUGAUGGAGCUUUCACAAGACCACGAACAGUCGACGUCAAAGCAAGAAAAUUAAUCCAUGGCCCAGUGUGCCCAGAAAUAGACAUACCCGGUUCAGAGAAAAAUUUAACUCAUGAACUCAACGAAACAACAAUGUUCCACGUGGAAGAACGCGUUCUCCACACUCAUACCAUGGAUGCCCGUCGGCUUACCCAACAUAGCAACGAGAAACUUCAGAAGCUCUACCAGGCGAGGAAGAUCAACACCGCAUCUGGAGCUGGUAUCCCAGAUGUGUUGAAUGAUGGGUUGGAGACGGAGGAAUACAUCUUGUUGCCAGGAGGACACUGGAUUCCAACCAAGUGUUCACCGAGAUGGAAGGUAGCCAUAGUGAUACCUUUUCGUGACAGGCACCAGCACCUUCCAAUCUUACUUCUUCAUCUUGUUCCAUUCCUCAAGAGCCAAUACCUCGAGUUCUCCAUCUUUGUCAUUGAACAGGAGAAUGAUCUCCGUUUUAACCGGGCGAUGUUAAUGAACGUCGGUUUCGUCGAGGCGUUGAACUACACCAUGUUCGACUGUUUUAUCUUUCACGAUGUCGACCAUAUACCUCUCAACUACGGUAACCUCUACGGCUGCAGCGGCAUGCCUCGACACUUCGUCUCUGGUGUCGACCGGUGGAACUACAGAUUACUGUAUGGGGCCUUCUUCGGGGCUGUGACGGGUUUCACGAGGACCCAGAUCGAGAAAUUUAACGGGUUUCCCAAUGCUUACUGGGGCUGGGGAGGAGAAGAUGACGACAUCUUGGGUCGGAUAAGAGCCAAGGGGCUGUCCAAGACUAGGCCCUGGGGACCGGUCGGGUUCUACAAUGUCAUUCCACAUCACCAUAAGAGCGCCAAGAAAAAUAUGGACAGGGUAUGUCUUCUAAACCAUUACAAAGAGCGCAUGGAAACUGAUGGCCUGAGCAACCUCUACUAUGGCACACCGAGUGUGCAACUGUACCCUCUGUAUACAAAUAUUGGAGUCGACAUCCAAGACCUUCCUUGGAAUGUUGCGUGGCACGUGUGUGAUCGGGAUGCUGAGCUCUUCGAGAAGAUUCUUAGAGAGAAAGAUGUCGUUGCCGGCGAAGGACAUAUAUUAGAGAUUCAAAAGGAAGAUGUGAAAAAACCUAAAGAAGAAUCGCCGAAGGGUUGAAUAAAAACUCAAGUUGUUGCAUCAUUCACAGUUCAUUAAGCUGUACCGGAAAAAGACAUUUACGAAUUUUCGAUAAUCAUAAUUAUGCCCUCUCUACAAGAGAUUAAAGGUUGUUUCAGGUAAUUAGAUAUUUGUAAGGUCAAUCAGAGAGUUAUAGGACUACACAUCACAACUCGUACCCUUUCCAAUGGAAGCAAUCUUCCAAAUGAACUUAUCUUGAUAUGGACUCUGUGUAAUAGAUACAUGUAUGUGCUAUGAAUAUGUAGGAUUAUUUAUAAACGUUUCAAUUUGCUUUCAUUGUUAUCAUUAUUUGUAUUGUUGCGUUGUACUGUUACGUGAUUUUUGUACCUCGGGUAAUUAAUAGAUGUUCGAAGAGUUAAUUACUGACCAGUUUUGUAGAUUGAUGAAAAUUCGUCAAUGGUCGAUUGGUGCAUUAUAUAGUCGAUCAAUUUUAUUUGUUCCAUUCAUUCGUGAUAUAAAUAUUACAUUGUAUUUAAGUGUUAUUAUUACUUCUUUUUUUUUAGGGGGGAGAGGGGGACUCGGUUUAGAAGAGAUAAAGCAAUAAACUGUGAUUGUUUUUUUAAAUUUGAGUUAGAUCUUUUAAAGUCACAUCAGUUGAUAAUCAUAUGCUUUUCUAUUUAUUUUUUGUGUCAAUUUUUGGCUAACGUGUAGGCAUACAUGAUUGGAAAUGACCCGUUUCAUUUCAUAUGGUUGUGUGAGGCCUGCCUUGACUGGGUAUGGUAAUGAAAUUUUGAUCUAGAAAUCAAUCGGGUGCAUGUUUUAUAUGGCAUAUAUAUCACAAUGCCAACAAUUAUCUUACAAAAGCUUUUUAUAUUCUUUAUCUAUUGCUGUUCUCCCCUUUUCCAUUAUCUUAUCCUCCUAUAUAGUUCAGCGUUUUUCAACCGGGGUACCGCCGCACAACGGGGUGCCACAAGACGGGUGCUGCGAGAGAUUUGAAUAAUACAAAAAUUGUUAUUAUUUUGGAAUAUUGUCGAAUUCGUGAAAAACAAAUAUUAUAAACGGCUAGAGAACAUACUAUUUCAAGAUAAUAAAGUGUAUUUCUUUCCAGCUCGCUCGCAAUCUUUAGAAACGUGAUGAUUUCAGAAAACGAAGUGCCUCAAUACCUCAAUAUUUGAGCAACGAGAUGCCCGAAUAACCUUCUAUUUGGACAGCGAGGUGCCAGAAUUUAUAUUUUAUCCUUUCUACUGAAAUUACAUUUUUACCAUGCUCGUUAGCUUCACUCGAUCGCAAAAUUUAGAAACAGGAUGGCAAUGAAAUACCCGAAUAUCCUCAUAUUUGUGCGUGUGUGACCGCUCAUAUAUGAUUUCCGUAUUUGGCAGGGUACCCGCACACUUCAUUCUAAAUUUCAUCAAGUGUGUUGCUUAGAGUAAUUUUUUUUACCAAAUCGAAAAACAAUGAAAUUUAUGGGGAGUGUCAGAAUGAUGCAAGAUGGAUAUUUUGUAAAUGAAUUUGAGAUUAGGGAGGCGCAAAAAAACUUAUUUCUUAAACGGGUGCCGUAAGAAAAAAAAAAA